AAUCUUCAUGAGAACAUGUUGGCCGUGAAGUGAUCAUUUCCGGUGGCGGUUCGAUCACUUUCCGGCAUAAUCUAGCCAUUUUAUCUUCUUAGUUUCUCAGUGGAGAAGCAUAUAGGAUCUUAGUAUAUUAUAGAAUUGUGCUUUAAAGUAUCAGUACCAGCAUAUCAACCAAACUCCUUUAUUUUUUUCCAAUAUAUAUAUAUAUAAAUAUAUCACCUUGUGUGUUUAAUUUUCAUUGAACACUCAACAACAAAAAAAACACAUAUUACCUUCAAAUAGAACUUCUCUCUUUUUUUCUUCUUGUUUCUUGGAACAAAAGGAAGAGAUGGUGAAAUUCUCUAAGCAAUUUGAAGGGCAACUUAUUCCAGAAUGGAAAGAUGCUUUUGUUGAUUAUUGGAAACUUAAGAAAGACAUUAAAAGAAUUCAUGUUCUUAACAAUACAUCAAACAAUCACCAAAUUAGUUCAGUAGUGAAGUCACCCUUUUCAUCACUAAGAAAGUGCUUUUCAUUUGGCCUUCAACAAAGAAAGCAUGAACCAAUUCAAAUUCAUAGGAAACUUGUUUCAUCAACAAGUAAAGGAGAUAUGUAUGAGACACAAUUGCUAGAUCAAUUUGCUGACACUGAUGCAACUAAAGAAUUUUUUGCAUGUCUAGACCAUAAUCUCAAUAAGGUGAAUAAAUUCUAUAGGACAAAGGAGAAAGAGUUCUUAGACAGAGGUGAGUCCUUGAAAAAACAAAUGGAUAUUCUUGUUGAGCUGAAAUCUGCAUUCAUUGAGAAGAAGGGUAAAGGGAGCUCUUGUCAAUACUCCAAGGAGGAAGAAUCUGUCUCAUCCACAUUCUCUAUUAGUGCAGAGGAUGACUCUGUUAGGAGCAGAGGAAAUACAGAUGAUUUAGAGAAAAUAGAAGAAAACCUUCCUCAAUCAAAUGAAGGGGAAAAAUCAAUGAAUUUGAAAUGGGAAGAUGGUAAAUUGAGGACUUUAUCUGGCCAUAUUGUUAGUUGUCAAGGAAAGAAUGUGAGGAUAAACAUUCCUUUGACAACUCCUUCUCAAACUUUAUCAGAAAUUAGUUACCUUGUAAUGGAAGAUUUGCUCAACCAAUCUUCAAGGAAGUGCAAUCAAGAAGGUGGUAUGAUUCAUCUUAACAAAACAAGGUUACAUCAUGCAGAAAAAAUGAUCAAAGGUGGUUUCAUUGAGCUUUAUAAGGGCUUAGGAUAUUUGAAUGAUUAUAGGAAUUUGAACCUGCUUGCAUUUAUAAAGAUUCUGAAGAAAUUUGACAAGGUCACAGAAAAGCAAAUUCUUCCCAUCUAUCUUAAAGUAGUUGAGAGUUCAUAUUUCAACAACUCAGACAAGGUGGUGAAGUUCAUGGAUGAAGUGGAAGAACUAUUUGUCAAAUUUUUUGCUAAAGAUGAUCAUAGAAAGGCAAUGAAAUACCUUAGACCAAGUCAAAGAAAAGAAUCACAUGCUGUAGCUUUCUUCAUUGGAUUAUUUACUGGAUGCUUUUUGGCACUUUUUGGUGGAUAUGUUUUAAUGGCUCAUGUUACUGGACUUUACAAACGACAGCAAAAUUCACUCUACAUGGAAACUGUCUACCCUGUGCUUAGUGUGUUUAGUCUCAUGUUUCUACAUUUCUUCCUCUAUGGAUGCAACAUUUUUGCAUGGAGGAAGACUCGUAUAAAUUACAGUUUUAUUUUUGAGAUGGCACCAAAUAAGGAACUAAAGUACAAAGAUGUGUUCUUGAUUUGUACAAUGGCUAUGACUUGUGUGGUUGGAGUCUUGUUUUUUCAUUUGGCUCUGCUCACAAAAGGGUACUCUUAUGCACAACUUCAAUUCCUUCCUGGCCUACUUUUUCUGGCCUUCUUACUGUUACUUGUGUGCCCCUGCAACAUUUUAUAUCGGUCAAGCCGUUACCGCUUCCUUUGUGUGAUAAGGAACAUAAUUUGGUCACCCCUUUACAAGGUUGUGAUGCUGGACUUUUUUAUGGCUGAUCAACUUUGCAGUCAGGUUCCAAUGCUAAGGAACCUAGAGUUUGUGACAUGUUACUAUAUAACUGGGAGCUACAAGACUCAAGAUUAUGGAUAUUGCAUGAAACACUAUAGAGAUUUUGCUUAUGCAGUGUCCUUUCUUCCAUAUUAUUGGAGAGCAAUGCAGUGUGCAAGGAGAUGGUUUGAUGAAGGGGAGACAAGUCACCUUGUAAAUCUAGGAAAAUAUGUUUCAGCUAUGUUAGCUGCAGGUGCUAAAGUUGCUUAUGAAAAAGAUAGGAAUGUUGGAUGGUUAUGUGUUGUUGUGAUCAUGUCAACUGCAGCAACUGUGUACCAAGUGUAUUGGGACUUUGUUAAGGAUUGGGGUUUGCUCCAAAUGAACUCCAAGAAUCCUUGGUUAAGGAAUGAAUUGAUGCUUAGAAGAAAAGCUGUCUACUACUUCUCCAUGGUAUUAAAUAUUACUCUGAGGCUUGCUUGGUUGCAAACUGUUCUCCAUUCAAGUUUUGAAAAUGUUGACUAUAGAGUAACAAGCUUAUUUUUAGCAGCACUUGAAGUUGUUAGAAGAGGAUUAUGGAAUUUCUACAGAUUGGAGAAUGAGCAUCUAAAUAAUGCUGGCAAGUUUAGAGCAGUGAAGACAGUACCACUUCCUUUUCAUGAAGUGGAGGAUGAAGACUAAUGCCAAAUUGGCAUAUAUUUUGCAUUGUUGUAAGGGAUGAUUCCACACAAAUGCUUCAAGGAGCUUAUUAAUUGUCCUCAUUCAAAUUGAUACAACAUUUAUCAACUUUAUUAUAUUUUUUUUAUUAGUGGAUUGUAGGAACAUCAUCCACAUUUAUAUACACAAUUUUCAUUCACAUUAAAUAAAUAUUUAAUGAGAAAGUGCAAUGAUAUUAAAUAUCUUA